AUGAGUAUAGAAGUAAAGAGUAAGGUUUGUGUCUUGGGUGGAGUGGCCCUGUCCUUGGCUGGAUACAUAUUCCUUAACACACAAGGAGUAUGGACAUUUAUUGUUGCUAUAGUGCUUGGACUAUGUGGUGUGGGAUGCUUGGAUAUUCUGCGAUUGGAGGUUGCAGAAAGUCUAACCCUUCGUUCAGUUCUUGGCCUAUACAUGCUACAUAGAAUCUUUGGAAUACUGAGUCCAUUGGCAUACAGGUCUAUGCUGAAGACUGACCCUAAACAGGCACAGGACAAACUCCUCAUGAAGCUUAUCAACGCCAACAAGAAUACCAAAUAUGGAAUUGAUCAUAACUUCUCUAUGAUCAAAUCUCCGGAUGAUUUCAUUGAGCAACAUCCAGUUACUAAAUAUGAUCAUUAUGAGGCAUAUUUUGAUAGAGUAAUUGCAGGGGAGAUGAAUGUAAUUGUUGCCAAUUCUACACCAACCUAUAUCAUUCUUACAUCAGGUACUACUGGAAACAAUAAAAAAUACCCAGUCUCCAACUCUGGCGCUCACAAAAUUGGAAACUUGGAGCUGUUAAAAACCUUUUUGGCAUCAAACUACAUCAUACAAAAAACCUUUUCUCCGGAGUUGAAACUGUUGAAAACGUUAGAUAUUGUCGUAAUUCAGGACCCAAUAUAUACAGACGGAGGAAUCCCUAUGGGUGGGCUAUCAGGGCGAUAUAAGAUGGCACUGCCAGGCACAGCUACCCCUCGAAGCGUACUUGAUGUUUCAACUCAAGAUGAGGCUCUUUACUUGUAUGCCCUUUACGGGAUGAAGGAAAGAAAACUGAAGCACAUCAUGGUUCCAUUAGCUACAAUUGGUCUUAAAUUCUUCCAACUAAUAGAGUCCAAGUGGCAACACUUAUGUGAUGACAUAGAAAUGGGAACAAUAUGGAAAGGUUUGGACAUUGAUUCAAAAAUCCGAGAAGAAUUGGAAAAACAAUUGAAAGGAGACAAGAUCAGAGCAAAUGAACUGCGAAAUGAAUUCAAUAAAGGAAUUGAAGGAAUUGGACCAAGAAUAUGGAAACAUUUGCCAGUUAUCACUAUGAUUUCCACAGGAUCGUUUAAGAUAUAUGGAGAUAUGGUAAAAGAACGCUACAUUGGAGAGCAGAUCCCUAUUGUAUCGCACUGCCACGCAGCCUCUGAGGGUAUAAUGUCACUGAACAUGACGCCAGGGCGAAGCUAUUCACAGUUCACCUUGAAUUCUGGAAUGUUCUAUGAGUUUCUACCUGUGGAUGACGAGAAUCCAAAACCUCUGAGAGUUCAUCAAAUUGAGGUUGGCAAGUGCUAUGAACUACUGGUCACCAACAAUUAUGGACUGUACAGAUACAGAUUUGGAGAUGUCAUCAAGAUUGUUGGCCACAAUAACAAAAUGCCUCUCUAUGAAUUCCAGUACAGGGCAGGCCAGAUGCUGAAUGUUGUAUGGGAAAAGACUCCUGAGGGAACAUUUAUGAACGCAGUGGUGAACACUGUAAACCAGCUAAAGGGAGUGAGGAUAGUUGAUUAUACAGCCACUGAGAAUGUUAACAUAGCUAAGCUUAGAGGUGCUGUGACCACAACAAGACAUUAUGCUCUCUUCAUAGAAGUUACUAAAGACAAGGAAGAAGUGAAACUGACAGACGAUGAGCUGAAGAAAUUUGACCAUUCUCUCUGUGAGGAGUUUCCCUUUUAUAAAGUAAUGCGUGAUGAUGGCAAGAUUCAAGCAAUGGAAGUGCUCCAAGUGAAAACUCAAACAUUUGACAAUCUGCGACGGCUGAUGCUCAGGAACAACAAGAAGACCACUGAACUACAAUUCAAGAUGCCUCGUGUACAGAGACAAGAGCGAUAUCUACAGUUUCUACUCGACAACUUAUUAUGA